AGCGUAAAACUCAAACACUUAACAGGUUUGACAUUUGCGGGUCCCGUGACUUAUCAGGUGGUUAUUGGGCGGGAGGAGGAGGAGAAGAAGAAGUAAGUGGAAGACUAAUGUAACCUGUUUCCUCUGGCCGUGAAAUCUCUGACACAACCCAGUGCUGCACAUGUCCUCACAGGAACUCUGUGUGUGCGAGAAAGCAGAAGUUAUCUGACUUUUGAGACAAGUUGUCAGUGUGAGUGUCAGCAUGGCCGGGGGCUCGGUGUCCGAGUGCAGGGAGUACUUGUUCAAAGUGCUGGUCAUCGGAGAAUUAGGCGUCGGGAAGACCAGCAUCAUCAAACGCUACGUGCACCAGCUUUUCUCGCAGCACUACAGGGCGACCAUCGGGGUCGACUUUGCACUUAAAGUAAUCAACUGGGACAGCAAAACGCUGGUCAGGCUACAGCUGUGGGACAUCGCAGGUCAGGAACGAUUCGGGAACAUGACGCGGGUGUAUUACAAAGAGGCUGUGGGUGCAUUCGUGGUGUUCGAUGUGACAAGGGGCUCCACAUUUGAAGCUGUGUCUAAGUGGAAGAAUGACCUGGACAGCAAGGUGAAGUUGGCUAAUGGCAACCCCAUCCCCUCAGUGCUGCUGGCCAAUAAAUGUGACCAGAAGACAGAGAGCUCCACCACUACAACCGCAAUGGAUAAUUUCUGCAAAGAGACUGGCUUUCUGGGUUGGUUUGAAACCUCAGCUAAGGACAACAUCAAUGUGGAUGAAGCAGCACGGUUCCUGGUAGAGAAUAUUUUGGCUAAUGACAAAGGUUUGCCAUACGAAGAGAACAAUGGAGACCGGAUCAAACUGGACCAGGAGACUGUGGUUGCUGAGACCAAGUCAGGCUGUUGCUAACACUCAGUUCAUUCACAUUAGCCAUCCUGCUCCCUUUAGCAGGGUCCAACCCUGCACCCAGCCUGUGGAUCUGCAACCUUGUGGAAGAAGAUGAAUAUAUGCAAUAUGGGUCUUCAAAGCUCCAGGAACAUCCCCCUGCACUGUUAUCCAGUUGACCUGCACACCCAGGUUUCUCCCUGUUGGUUUUUCUAGGCAAGAACAGAAGCCCAGUUUUAUCUUGAUGUUGUCACUGCCUAGCGUGCUUUUUUUUCCUUUUUUGUGCCGCAUCUCCAGACCUUAGGAUUUUUAUUACUCUGUUUGUCUCAGAACAUCUUCCCCCUGAUUGUGCGCUUCACCUCUAACCAUGAGCCUCAUCUAGGUCUUCACACUUGAACCCUGCUACUCCUCCCGUUGUCCCUGACAGACUGUGAUGCCCUGGACUCUAUACCGGAGAAGGGGUGAAAACUAAGCUGAAAACUGAGAGAAAAGAUCUAGAAAACAACCUGUAGCCUCUUAAUUUUUGUCCCUUUGGCCUGUUUUCUCUUCUCCAAUUACCAUGGGUGUUAAUGCCCCUUAACCUUUCAUCUUGAAGCACACUUAGCUUUGUCUGCAAGUGUUCUCUCAUAUCAGACUACUGUGUAAAAUGUAAGCAAAUGGGCAUCACAGGUAAACCAUAAUAUAGUGUUAUCGUAUCUCAUGAUGCCAUGAAUUAUUGUCAUUAUACCAUAUUCUUAUUAGGAAGGUUUGGCACAUGUUUUGUUUUUCACUCAAACAUUUACAAGAACACACAUGGACAACAUAGUAUUUCAGAAAAAAAACUCUAACAGCAGUCCUACUGUAUAUGAGGCACUGAGAAAUCCUUGUUUGAUUGUCUUUCCACUGGUAUGAAAAUGUAGAUCAGAUUUACAGUAUGCAUUUGGGUCAUGCAUUUAACAACAGGUGAGAUAUGAUGGUCAGACAGAGGACUACACUGUUGUACAUAGGGAUGCAAUCUGUUAAAGUGUUGAAAAAGUGCUGAUAAAAUGAUUUUAAACAGUU